AUGAGUGAACUCAGUGCUGAUGAAUUAGCUUUGUACGAUAGACAACUUCGUGUCUGGGGUGCUGAUGGUCAAAACAAGAUUAAAAACGCGUCAAUAUUAGUUAUAAAUUUAAACGGUGUUGGUACAGAAAUUAUCAAGAAUUUAACAUUGAGUGGUAUUGGUUCAAUUGAAAUCUUGGAUCCUUCUGUUGUUACUGAAGAUGAUUUAACUACACAGUUUUUCCUUGAAGAAUCAGAUUUGGGGAAAUCUAAAGUUGAAGCUGUUUUACCAAAGAUUCAAGAUAUGAAUCCAAGAGUUCAAUUAACAAUAAAUUCUAAAGAAUUACCAAUUGAUGAUUUAGAAUAUUUCAAGAAAUUUAAAUUAAUCAUUGCAAAUAAUCUUGAUGCUAAACUUUUACAAAAAUUGAAUAAUAUAACUAGAGAUUUAAACAUCUCUUUAUAUACAACAACAACUCAUGGUCUUUAUGGUUAUUUUUUCAGUGAUUUAAUUUUGGAUAUAUCACAAUUCACAAAGAAAAAAAUGCCAAUUUCUAGGAAAUUAGAAAAAAUUUCAUCAAAUCAAGAAAUUAUUCAAAUUGAAACAACUCAUAAUAAAGAAACAAAUGAAUUUUUUGAAAAAUUUACAUUAAAAUCAAAAUUUAUAAAAUUUGAAGAUUGUUUCCAUUCUAAAAAUUUAACAAAAUUAACCAAGAGAGCAAAGAAAAAUGUAUCUCCAUUAUUAUCAAUUUUUCUUGCAUUAUAUGAAUUAGAAUUAAAUUCUAUAGAGAUUAAUUUAGACUCACUUAAAACCAAAUCAAAUGAAAUUCAAUUAAACUUGGGAUUAAAUGAAAUAACAAAUCUAGAAAUUUUUGAAAAAAUUUUGAAACAAUUAAAUUUUGAAAUUUCUCCAGUUGCUGCUAUACUUGGUGGUACACUUUCACAAGAUGUUAUUAAUUAUAUAAGUAAAAAGGAAAUUCCAAUUAACAAUUUAUUAAUAUUGGAUGGUGAUAAUUUUACAAUGCCAAUUUAUGAGUUGUGA